GCGCGCGCGCGCACGGAGGAGGAAGGACGCACCGGACUCGUAUCAAUAAUCUACCGGAUCGAUCAGUGAGGAUAACCGGGAGCUCCUGCGGGUCUCUGCGUGUGCGUGUGCGUGAGAGCCCGACAUGGAACCGUGGUUCUCCUGAUUGGAACCCAGCGGACCUGAAGGAGGAACAUGGCCCACGUCGGCAGCGCUUCGGCCGCAGAGGAGGAGGACUGCUUCGAGGACGCCUACGACAGACUACCUGCGGCUUGUCAGAUGGACCUGCAGACAGCCAUCCAGGAGACUCAGUGUGCUCUCAAUCUGGUCCUCAACAACAAGUUCUCUGAAGCCCUGGACCUCCUCAAACCAUGGUGGAAGCACAGCAUGUACCACGCUCUGGGCUACAGCAGCAUUCUGGUGAUGCAGGCGACGAUGACCUUCGAGCACCGAGACAUUCAGGCCGCCAUGGCGACCAUCAAGGAGGCGCUGCACACCUGUCAGAGGUUCAGGAAGAAGAACUCGGUGAUCGGCUCUCUGUCCAGUCUGAUCAGCAAGCAGUCCAGGCUGCAGGAAGAGGAGAUGCACGCCGAGAUCUGCUACGCCGAGUGUCUGCUGCAGAAAGCCAUGCUGACAUUUGUGCAGGAUGAGAACAUGAUCAGUUUUAUUAAAGGAGGCAUAAAGGUGCAAACAAGCUACCAAAUCUACAAGGAUUGUCAGAAUGGGAUCAGCACCUCUCAGGACCCGGAUGGCCAGUCCGACGUGUUCAGACAGUUUGAUGGCGGAGUCAAGCUGGGCGUCGGCUCCUUCAACCUGAUGUUGUCCCUCCUCCCUCACAGGAUUUUGAGGUUGUUGGAGUUCAUCGGAUUCUCAGGAAACCGGGCCUUCGGCCUGUCUCAGCUGAAGGAGGGCGCCUCCAGUCACAGUCUGAGGUCCAUCUUCUGCGCCCUGACGCUGCUCUUCUACAACACAUACGUGUCACUGAUCCUCGGAACCGGAGAGGGGAACCUGGCGGAGGCCGACGCUCUGCUGGAGCCGUACCAACAGAAAUACCCCAAAGGCUCGAUCGUCCUCUUUUACUCUGCUCGCAUCUCCACGCUGAGAGGGAACUUCGAGAAGGCCCGGGCGAAGUACGAGGAGUGCAUCAGCAGCCAGCAGGAGUGGAAGCAGAUCCACCAUCUGUGCUACUGGGAGCUGAUGUGGACCCACUCAUACCAGCAGGAGUGGCAGCAGGCGUACGAGUAUGCAGACCUGCUGUGCAAGGAGAGCCGCUGGUCCAAGGCCAUCUAUGUGUACCAGAAGGCAGCCAUCCUCAGCAUGAUGUCAGAGGAGGACGUGAAGAAGACGGGGGAGGACGUCGUGGAGCUCUUUAAGCAGGUGGAGGGGCUCAAACAGCGCCUGGCGGGGAAGUCGAUCCCGACGGAGAAAUUUGCAGUGAGGAAGUCGAGACGCUACAAAGCGGCUCGACCCGUCCUGCUGGUCAUCCCCGCCCUGGAGAUGAUGUACGUUUGGAACGGGUUCACCAUCGUCGGGAAGAGAGCCGACAGCACCGAGGCUCAGCUGGUCACCAUCGAGGCGACUGAGGAGCAGCUUCGCAACGACCCCAGCCCUUCAGAGUUCCACCCAGACGACAGCUGCCUGGUCCAGAUGUUGAAGGGACUCUGCCUGAAACACCUGGGCAGGUUAUUGCAGGCUGAGCUCUGCUUCACGCAGGUCCUGUCCAGUGAGAGUCGUAUCAGAUACGAUCACUACUUGAUCCCCUUCACGCUCUAUGAGCUGGGGCUGCUGUACAAGCAACAGGGAGACUUCACCAAGGCCAGCGCGUACAUCGAAAAUGCCAAGACCAACUAUAAGGACUACUCCAUGGAGAGCAGGCUGCACCUCAGGAUGCACGCUGCCCUCAACAGCCUCAAAGAGUCACCUGUCGGCACCCCAUAAUACUCACAAGAAGAGUCGGGGGUUUGAUGCCCACCAGGUACUCUUAUCCUGCAUUAUAUUUGACGUGCCAUUAUUUAUUGAUUAUUUUAAAUUGCGUGGACAGAUGAGAUUAUUUAAGCAGCUCUUCUCCAACAUGCUGUAGCUUCAAUACUGAGCCGUGAUUGGCCGAAGCAGCACUUCAAAGCCAAAUGUCAAAUUAGUCAACAAUAACAAGUUAUUGAUGCUACUUUUGUUGUGAGUAAGGAGACAAUAACAAUAACAAUAAUACGAAAGGUUUCACUCUGAGGCUCGUUCACUUUGAAAGGAAACAAAGGUUUAAACUUCAUGAGAUGUUAUACAUAUAUCUAUAUAUCUCUCU